ACACAGCAACCCCGACACCCGUCCCGUUCUCGUCGUCUUUCCCCUUGCCCACUCUUCUCCGAACCCUCGAGGGCUGCGCCAGGGGGCGGCCCGGCCGGCGGCGCCAUGAAGGUCUCCAUCAAAACCCUCAAGGGCUCCAGCUUCGAGGUCGAGGUGGAGCCAACCAGCAAGGUUGCUGAUCUUAAAAAGCUCAUCGAAACUACACAAGGACAGAAUGUCUACCCAGCUGAUCAACAGAUGCUCAUCCAUCAAGGGAAUGUUCUUAAAAAUGACACAACACUAGAAGAGAGCAAAGUUCUUGAGAACAACUUCAUUGUUAUAAUGUUGUCUAAGAAGGGAUCAACAAGUGCUGCUUCAAGUACUGCUAAGGAGUCCCCAAAGCAGCCCUCAGUCGAUCGGGCUAUACCUGUUGCCCCUACAACCCAGCCACCAACUGUGCCAACACCUGUCAGCAUACCUGUCAGUGCACCUAUUCCAACUGCACAGGCUGUUGCAGCUGUUGCAUCUACUGAAGGUGAUCCUUAUGGUCAAGCUGCAUCAAGCCUUGUUGCGGGAAGCACUUUAGAAGGAACAGUUGAAUCAAUUCUUGAAAUGGGUGGAGGAGCAUGGGACCGGGACACUGUUGUGCGUGCUCUACGGGCUGCAUUUAACAACCCGGAGCGGGCUGUUGAAUAUUUGUAUACUGGGAUUCCAGAGCAGGCAGAGCCCCCUGCUGCAGCCCAAGAACCUCCUGCAAGUGGCCAACCAGCUGAUCCAGUUCAGGCUCCACAGUCUCAAGCUGCAAUUCCUCCAUCAGGACCCAAUGCUAAUCCCUUGGAUCUGUUUCCCCAGGUCCUUCCAAAUGCUUCUGCAAAUGCUGGUGGUGGAAAUCUUGAUGUUUUGCGAAACAAUUCACAAUUCCGUGGCUUGCUUUCUUUAGUGCAGGCUAAUCCUCAAAUUUUACAGCCUUUGCUUCAAGAACUGGGGAAACAAAAUCCACAGAUUUUACAAUUGAUCCAGGAAAACCAGGCUGAGUUCCUGCGGUUGAUAAAUGAACCUGCAGAGGGAGCUGAAGGGAAUUUACUAGAGCAGUUUGGUGCGGGAGUGCCUCAAACAGUAGCAGUCACACCUGAGGAGAAUGAAGCUAUACAACGUCUUGAACAAAUGGGCUUCGAUCGCGACCUGGUUCUAGAGGUUUUCUUUGCGUGCAACAAGGAUGAGCAGCUGGCUGCAAACUAUCUCCUGGACCACAUGAAUGAGUUUGAUGAUGAAGCGCCAGAACCACCUCUAUAAUUUGGUAGUUAUAGAUUACAAAAGGUACAUGUCUCACGCAAAUGUGAUGAUCGAGCCCAUUUGGAAGUUUGGAACAGUGGUGUUUGUGAAAGCUGAAUGAAUUGCCCCAAUUUAGGACUCUGGGCUUGAGGAAUACUUUUCAGUUUCUCUGAAAUUUGGAAGUUUCUUCUGUUUCGGAAUUUUAUGAUCAGUACAUACUGUAGCUGACACUUGAAGACUGUAUAACAGGGUCUUGAAGCUGUAGUAUUGUUUAACAUGUA